UACUGCAAGUAGAAUAAGAAGUCGGCGCAUGCUGACCAGCUGCUCCCAGAUUCACUUUCCAGUUCUUGUUAGGCGCUCAGUCCCGACAGUGAAAUGAGUUGGUUGGAUAUGCUUUGUCACCCGGUGUGGGCUGUUUCCACGGCGCUGCUGGCCAUCGUUGUGCGCUUACAGAGGAGAGGGCGCUGGGAUCCACGAGCCUGCACGGUGCGUCUGCAGGGGAAGACUGCUAUAGUGACAGGAGCCAAUACAGGGAUCGGGAAGUUCAUUGCUCUGGACUUUGCACGUCGUGGGGCCCGUGUUAUCCUGGCCUGUCGAAGUGAGGCCCGGGGGACAGCAGCCCUUAAAGAAAUCAGGGAGAAAUCAGGAAACUCUGACAUCCAUCUGCGUCUGGUGGACCUGUCUUCUCUGGAUUCUGUCAGGGAAUUUGCAAAGGGGGUUCUUGAGGAGGAGAAAGCUCUCCACAUCCUCGUCAACAAUGCUGCAGUAUCAGGGUUACCCAGGCAGAUAACCAAAGAUGGAUUGGAGGUUUCUUUUGCCACUAACCACCUGGGACCAUUCCUUCUCACCAACCUGCUGCUGGACCUGAUGAAGCGUUCCACUCCAUCGCGAAUUGUCACCGUCAGCUCAGUCAAUCAUAGACUGGGUCAGGUGGACUUCUCUCAUUUUCAUGGCGAGAACCUCACUUAUUUCAUGGAUAAAGUCUACAACCACACUAAGCUGCACAAUAUCAUCUGUACCAACGAGCUAGCACGCAGGCUACAAGGGACAGGUGUCACCGCAAACUCUGUGCACCCUGGUAUUGUCAUGACAGAAGUGUUGAGACACUAUCCAUUUAUAAUUCGUUUUGUUUUCAACCUCAUUGGAAUUUUCUUUUUCAAGUCUUCAGAGGAGGGCGCUGUCAGCUCAAUCUACUGUGCAGUAGCAGAAGAAACAGAGGGAAUCACUGGGAAGUAUUUUGACAGCGACUGCUCCCUGGUUCUCCCCGCCCCUUUAGCUCGAGACGCUGCCCUCGCGGUCAAGGACUUUGAGAUCAGCGAGAGAGUGACAUCAAAGCUCUGAGGCAACUAUCAGGCAAAUGGAGGCUUGAUAACAGAAAAGGGGUCAAAUUCUACCCUCUUACUGCACUUCUUGAGGGAACAAUUCUGAAACAGUAUGUUUUUUCAAAUCAUCAGGUGGAGGUUUUUUAAUAUAUUUUUAGGAGUAAUUUGAGAGAGAGAAGCACAAUUGAAUCAUGUCUUUAUUAUUUGCCUGCAUUGGUGUGAAUAAUAGGACAAAUGUGGUUAAUCACUUAAUACUUAAAAGUAAUGGUCAGUCAUGUUGUCUGAGUCAUUCAUGAAAAUGAUGAAUAUGUUUUCUUAUUUGUAAGAAAGUCCUGUGACUUUUAUUCAGGU